AUGCAUGCUCAUUAUGAAAUGGUUUCGUGCGUUCGAUCUACGAUCCAAAUCGCAUACAAUACUGACAACCAACGACAGGUUGGAAACAGUUGCAGUGAGACCUGCUUGCAGAGACAACAUGUUCCAUUCAUUGUGCGUCACGGUUCAUACCGACAAUCUGUUUGCCCUUUUGUUCCUAACACUGGCGAUCGGCGAACUACACACCGCACCGGUUCAUGUAAUGUACGAACGAUUUCAGCAGAACAAUGGAACCGAUCUGAUCGAUGCGGCAAACCUACGCAUACGAAAGUACAACCGCACGCUGACCGUGUUCGACGGAACGUUCGAGCUGUACCGUGAUAUGGAUGACGACUACGCUGUGAGUAGUAUUUCUAGCUGAAUAUACCUUAGGCUUUGAAUGCAGGUUUUUAACAACUGGAACUAUUUAUUGGCACUUUC